UUUUCACUUCACGCAAACUUGCAAAGCAGAGACGCGGAAAUCCUCAUACAGCGCUUCACGCGGCCAUCGCUGUGUCUCGUUCCUAAGCAGCUGAUCAAUCCAUACAAUGGGCCCAUCCAAACCCUCCACGCGGCUACUCCUCUCACUCCUGGCCAAGGACCUUCAGACGGCAGCUCAGUUACAACGCAGUUUUCUCCAGGAGUGCAAGAAAUCCAAAGUCCCUUCUUAUCUGGCACAAAAUAAACGUCGCGCUACCUCGAGAUCAUUCAGUACCUCCCCGUUACUGCGCCAACAGAACCGCAUUCUCAACUCCUUCCGCACUCCGUCGCAAUUCCGCGACGCCAUCCGUCUCUGCUCGGCGAACAACACCCUCCUCCUGGCACUGUUUACGACGUCGGCAUGCACUCCGUGCCGGACGAUCACGCCGCUGCUGACGAGCCUGGUCGAGACGCGCCCGCCGGCCGUGGAUGAUAAAUUCUCCGGGUUGGCGUUCGCGGAGGUUGAAUUGGACAGUCCGGACAUGAGUGAUGGGAGCAUGAUGAAUCUAGGGGUGGAAUGGGGCGUAACGAGUAUGCCGACAUUGAUGGGAUUUGGUGGGCGGAGGGCGGAUCGGGUCACGGAUAGAGUCACUGAUACGAGGAUGAUGAGUGACAGCCGGAGGAUGGGCGAAUGGGUGGAUGAGCAGAUGAGGAGAGGGGAUCCAUUUGCCGUGGGCAGUGGAGGGAAAGCGGGAGGGGGUGGUGAAGGGUUGCUGGGACGGAUCUUUGGGAGAUAGAAGAGGAGGAUGGGGAUGUCUGCAUUGCUAAUGUCUGGCUAAUGAAUUCGUCUGGCUAAUGCAUUCGUCUGGCUAAUGCAUUCGUCUGGCUAAUGCAUUCGUCUGGCUAAUGCAUUCGUCUGGCUAAUGCAUUCGUCUGGCUAAUGC